AUGACCACCACUACAACGAACCCGAGUGGACAGACGACACCCUCACCCGCACCCCAUGCGACUCCGAGCACGAACCCGAACCGGAGUGACAAUGUGAACGUGAACGAGGAUUCGCCGGAGAAUCCUCCCCUCCCUGGGACAUCCGGCCGCCAAAGUCAGCAGGGUCAGCAGGGCCAUAGCUAUAAUAACGCGGUAACGCCCCCACCUGCGUACGCCUUCCUCCCCCCGCCCUUCCCCUCUCCGCAGGCCUACCCUCACCCAGAGUCCUCUUCCUCUCAACCUCUAUCGUUACCCCAAGCCUUAUCGUACUCGCAGCCCACGUCCCAUCCACACCAGCACCAGUUCGGCCCAACCCCGAUCUCGAGCACGCUGCCCCUGCUGCCGUAUGCGUACUACGAGGCGCCGGGUGCGGCGGACGCGCGUGCACGGUGGCGGUUUGUUGGCGCCGCGGUCAUUGCGUUAGGAGUGUAUUUGGUGAUUGGGUGUGUGGUUGGGCUGGAGAUGCUAGGUGAGGGAGUGGGCAGUGGAGUGGGCAAUUGGUUGGUGUGGUUGGGCUUCAGGGAGAGGUGGGCUUCGUGA